CAAGUGACGACGUGAGAGAAAGUAAAUUGCUACUGGAAAAAGGACAGCUUUCGAUCAUCCAUGCCUACUAGCCUACGAGCUUUGGCUUUCUACGCCGUGGGGUUGUUCAAACCAUAGCAAUUAGUGGAGAUCAGACGAGCUCAGGAGGAGGAGGAGUUCUUCGAUGACGGGGACCCAGGCCAAGUUCUUCAGGAGCUUCAGCAGAGUUGAGCUCCAGACUCUGAGUUUUGUCAUCUUCACAGGAUUCUUCCUCGUCUCCGUUACCCUCCUUGUGUUGUCUGCAGGCCAUUUUGUUCCUUUUCCUUCAUUGGGUUCCUGGCUGUCGCCACGUGCAUCUCUUCUUACUAGGGCGGGAGAAAAUGAUACAAACAACCAAAAUGUGGAUCUCCGCAGCAAGCCCUUGUGUGAUACUUCGGACAGAAGAGCAGACAUAUGCGACAUGGAGGGUGAUAUCAGGAUCCAAGCAAGCUCCUCCUCCAUCUUCUACGUCACUUCCUCAAUUCGGAACAGUGCCACAGAACUUCAGGGGACCUGGAAAAUAAAACCUCAUCCUCGGAAAGGGGAUCGCCCUGCAAUGUCCGGUGUCACUGAAAUGUCAGUAGGCUAUUUGAGUGCCAAACAAGAAGCUCCAAAAUGUGACAUCAACAGCACGGUUCCGGCAAUCAUCUUUGCAACCGGUGGCUACAUGGGCAACUUCUUCCAUGAAGUCUCAGAUUCGAUUAUUCCCCUCUACAUCUCAUCGCAUAAGUUCGACGGAGAAGUUCAGUUCCUGAUAAGUGAAAUGCUGCCUUGGUGGAUGGCAAAGUACGAACUCUUGCUGAAGAAGCUAACUCAUCAUGAAAUUAUCAACUUCAACAAGGAUGCGAUGGUUCGGUGUUAUCCUCGUGUCAUAGUGGGCAUUACAUUUCACAAGGACAUGGGCAUUGAUCCUGCAAGAUCUGGCGGCGUGACGAUGUUCGACUUCGGACGGUUCAUAAGGAGCACUUACUCAUUGGAGAGGGAAACUGCAACUAAGCUGCAAGGAGCCAACCCUGAGAAGCGACCUAGACUUCUGAUCAUCGCAAGAAGCAGGACGAGAAGAUUCACUAAUGUUGAUGAAAUUGCGCGAAUGGUAGGAUGGCAGGGCUUCGAACCUGUCGUAGCAGAGAUGAAGAAAAAUCAAAGUUUGGCUGAAUUUGCUCGCCUAGUGAACUCCUGCGAUGCCAUUCUAGGAGUGCAUGGUGCAGGACUUACUAAUCUCAUAUUCCUCCCGACCAAUGCAGUAGUGAUCCAAGUUGUUCCAUUGGGAGGAAUGGAUAACUUCUGCUAUGCUGACUACGGAGUGCCUACUUUAGAGAUGAAGAUGAAGUACUUGCAAUAUGGCAUAGGUGUCAUGGAGAGCUCAUUGGUCGACCGCUAUGGUAUUACAGAUCCUGUAGUCAUAAAUCCAAAAUCUGUCCAGGCUCAGAAGGAAGGCUGGAGGAAUUGGACUUUAAUAUACUUCUUCAACCAAGAUGUGAAGCUUGAUGUGGCCAGAUUCAGCAGUUUUCUCACACAUGCCCACGAGCUCCUUCGUGAAUAGACAAGAUCUAGAUUAGUUCGGAGUUUAGCAUCUAUAUUGUUCAGACAAUUUGAACUUGCAGAUGUACAAAAGGAACUGCAUGUAUUUGUACUAUUGAUUAAUCCUUUGUAGUUUGUCAAAGGUGGGCUAAAGCAAAAUAUAAUGUUGUCAUGUGAACUGUCUUUCGGUGAAUUCAUUAGUUUCAAUUCA